UAUAUAUAAUAUCUUAGUCCGUGGAAUGUGAUAAACAACUACAGUAUUUUUUUCAUAUUGCACACUGCACCAUACACAGACAUAAUAUAGAUAUCUAUAUUACGUCUUUGCCACUAUUGAUAAAGAAAAUAUCCUUUAUCUAUGCACUACGAGUAAGCCCGCCCACUCACCACCAGGACUUACCGGCCAACACUAUCUUUAUUCUAUGAACAUUGAGCACUGACUACUAAAUACUAACUAACUACUGGAAAUCGGAAUCAUAGAUUAGAGAUUAGAUCACAUUCCGGAUCCAUUUGGCGUUACCCUUAUUAGUUCGACAUUAUUAUUAAUUAGUGUCUAGUUCACUACAAUAGUAUCAUCGCCGUCAGUUGUUACUUGUGUCUAGUCCAGUUUUCUUGAACCACACUCCACAGUCGGUGAAUAAUUAUUAUUACUGUUGUUACUCAUCAGUGACUGACUAGCGACUAGUGUUUAUCUUAUACAUUUUGUCGUUCACGUAUAUUCCGUAGCCAUGGGAGGACCUAAAGAAGGCGUUCAAAAACAAAUACAACAAGACUGGGCGAACCGCGAAUACAUUGAGGUGAUCACUGGCAGCAUAAAAAAAAUUACAGAUUUUCUCAAUUCAUUUGAUAUGUCAUGUCGAUCCAGAUUAGCUAUUUUAAAUGAAAAAUUAACUACACUAGAAAGAAGAAUUGAAUAUUUAGAAGCACGGGUUACUAAAGGAGAAACUCUUUCAUGAGCAUUGCUGAACAAGUUGGUAAUACUUGUGGACUUAAUUUAAAUUUCCCAAAGUAGUGUUAUUUUACUAGUCUUAAGUAAUUUAUAUUUUUUAAUCACGUCAAAUUUAUUUUAUAUGUUUAUAAUAUUGUAUAAUUUAAGAUAUUAAACUUUUAAUUACUAGGA